UGCGAUGGGCCAUGUCAAUUCAGGAGCUCAACCUGGACAUUCGUCACCGCUCAGGGAAAAACAACCAAGUUGCAGAGGCUCUGUCAAGAAACCCUAUUGCCGUUUUGCAAGUUCUUCUCUUUCAGUCUGUCACAGCCGGUGGUUCCGGUCCCGACAACACUAGGACAACAACAAGUGAGACUGACUCCCCUGCGGGAGCUCCAGAAUCAGGACACCUCCAAUGGCAGGAUCCACGGCUGUCACCAUGGUUUGCGUACCUUGAGGAUAGACUGCUUCCUACGGAUAACCAAACAGCACGAUGGUUGGUGUUUAAACAAGACAACUUUCAACUACUGGAUGGAGUACUCUACAACAUCAGCCCUUCUGCUCAAGAACUGUGGCGAUUAGCCAUUCCAGAGUGUCUUAGAAUGACGUUGAUGAAGGAGCAUCACAGUGGGAAGUUUACCGGACCUGUUUAG